GUUAGAACCACACGGAUAUGAAAUGUGAUAAAAGGCAGAAGUCAUUACAGAGCUAUUUAGUGGCCCAAAACUAAAAUGGGGUUCAGAGUAGCAUUAAUUUUUGUGUCAACUUUGUUCAUUGCUGUAAUAGCUAAUGGAACUAAGUCAAACCAAGAAAAUAAUAACAUUUAUGAAAGUCAAAGUUCAGAACAUGUAAAUAAUGCUGGCAAAGAACUAAAUAAAGAGUCUAUUAAAAGCCUGAGUAAAAAAUGUUUUGUACCUACUGAAGCAAGUAGAAUAAGACAAAUCGGUUCCAGAUUGAACCGAGCUCAGGAAAAACAAACACAACAAGAGCUAGACUUGGUACUAGCAACAACUAAACUAGCUGAGCUUGAAAAAUUGAAAGACACAGAAAAAAUCUCUGAUUCUACUCCAACAAACAAUCUCACAUCCUUGCAAAGGUUUAUUUUGUCUGAAAUUGCAACAACUAAAGCACAAAUAGAAGAUUUGACUGUAGAAGUUGCAGUGGGGAAAACCUCAAUCGAACAACUCAAAAUAAUACUUGUGGCCAAUGGUGGUUCUGUCGAUACCAUUUCAAAAAAUGAUAUCGCAAUAAUAAAAAGGAACUUAGAAAAUAGAUUAAAACGUGCACAAGUAGAGCUAGAAAAUACUAAUACUCGUCUUGCUACUAUGACUAGUCAGGUUGAGCAGCUGGAGAGCGAGAAGACUGCUCAGAAUAUUAACACUGACAACGGAACAGCCAAUCUGACACAUGCUCAAAGACGUCUGCUAGGUAGACUUGAAUCAGCCAAGAAGGUCAAGUAUGGAUUGACACUGCAAUCUGCUAUGACAAAUGAACGUAUUCAACAAUUUCAGCUACAGAUAAACGAACUUACAACAUCAUCCAAUGAGGGUACUGGUACUAGCUCUGCAACCACACCAGUCAACACUGGUUCAGGCACCACCAACACUGGCUCAGGCACCACCAACACUGGCUCAGGCACCACCAACACAGGUUCAGGCACCACCAACACUGGCUCAGACACCACCAACACUGGUAACCAGUCAACAGACUCCAAUACUGGUACAUCAGAUGCUCCCUUAGUUAGCUCAUAAUUGAGUAAUAAAAAUUUCAUUGAUUAAUAAAUGUAUAAGUUUAUAUAUUAUAAA